GAAUGCCUCUCUGUGGUCCAGCAGAGCCACUGGAGGGGAUGAAGGAAGAGAACCUGCUGGAUGGUAAGACGUUAUAUUCCACUCUAUGGAUGUUAGUGGGAGCAGUUGCACAAGUGGUUUAAAAGCACUUUAACUGACAAUCCAAAAAUCAUCUAUUUCUAUAAAACAACCAGCUUGUAAUGAACAGUAAGGUAUAUUGACUUGGAUCCUCUAACAAAAUGCUGCCAGGUGUUUUUCUUUUGCAUCAUGUAAAUUAGUUGCAGUUGGCAAUGGAAAGCAAACAUGGUUGGUUUGGUUUUAUGAAAUGACAUUUAAACUGCUGUUAACUCUCCAAAUUGUUGAUGGGGCCGAGUUAAUGUGGAGCCACUGGGGCUCACGUGGACUGCUUCUAAUGCUUCUGAUGCUCUCCGAUGCUCUUAAAUGCCACAUGCAUGGAGGGUAGGGCCGGGCUCAUUUAGGUGAUAGCAUUGUUGAGUGGCAGUGGAAAUGGGACUAUCAGUUCCACUCAGAUAACCCCUAGCUGUCAUUGGACCUCAAGCCAAGCUGUGACCCCGGGGGCUUGAACUCUGCGGUCAUGUGACCAGGCAGUAAAGUGACCAGUGGGUGCUGCUCAGCUCUGCCUGUGUUCAGAGAGGGGCAGACGGUCGAGGGAAGAGGCUGCUGCAGAGGAGAGGCACAGAAUGAAAAGCCAGGCAUGAAGAACUGGGCCCGGUGGCUUUUCUUUAGCCCAAUCUGUGCUUGAAUGGGUUCCAGGCAGACUGGGAGGAGCAUGAAAUGGAUACAUGGGAAGAUGAUCCGGCUGACCAGCGUACCUGCCUUAUCUGUGGAGAUCGAGCCACAGGCCUACACUAUGGCAUCAUCUCCUGUGAGGGGUGCAAGGGCUUCUUCAAGCGGAGCAUCUGCAACAAGCGCGUGUACCGCUGCAGCCGCGACAAGAACUGCGAGAUGUCGCGCAAGCAGCGCAACCGCUGCCAGUACUGCCGUCUGCUCAAGUGUCUGCAGAUGGGGAUGAACCGCAAAGCAAUCAGGGAGGACGGAAUGCCAGGAGGCAGAAACAAAAGCAUCGGGCCUGUUCAGAUAACGGAGGAGGAGAUAGAGCGGAUCAUGUCGGGGCAGGAGUUCAAGGAGGACGCCCCCGAGCACACCUGGGGCAACAACGGCGACAGUGACCACAGCUCCCCCAGCAACGGCGCCUCGGAGGGAAACCAGCCGUCUCCUGCCUCCACUCUGUCGUCCAAUCGCUCUGUAGAGAUGAAUAGCUACACAGCAGCGCUCAGGGACCAGUACAUCAACACCUCCAUGUCCACACACUACCAGCUCCUGCCCCACCUUUUCAGUUACGCCACCCAGUCUGGUCUACUGGCGCCACAGGCUCGCAGCCUGUACCCCCAGUCCCACCCACUGGUGCUGCAGCUGGUGGCUGCUGAGGAUCUGGCCCCGCUGGCUACGCCUAUGCUGAUAGAGGACGGGUACAAAGUGACCCAGGUGGAGCUCUUCGCCCUGCUUUGUCGCCUGGCGGACGAGCUGCUCUUCCGUCAGAUCUCCUGGAUCAAGAAGUUGCCUUUCUUUUGUGAGCUCUCUAUAGAGGACUACACCUGCCUCCUCAGCUCCACCUGGCAGGAGCUCAUCCUGCUUUCCUGCCUCACCAUCUACAGCGCCCAGAUCUUCGGAGACCUGGCUGACGUCACAGCCAAGUACACGCCGUCUGACGACGAGCUGCAGAGCUUCAGUGAAGAUGGUAUGGAGGUCAUGGAGAGGCUGAUUUAUCUGUUCCGCAAGUUCCACCAACUGAAGAUCAGCAAUGAGGAGUAUGCCUGUAUGAAAGCCAUCAACUUCCUCAACCAAGAUAUCAGAGGGCUGUCCAACAUCUCCCAGCUCGAGCAACUCAACAAGCGCUACUGGUACGUGUGCCAGGACUACACAGAGUUUAAGUACCCGCACCAGCCCAAACGCUUCCCCGAGAUCAUGAUGUGUCUGCCAGAAAUCCGCUGCAUCGCAGGAAAGCUGGUGAACAUUCCUCUGGAGCAGCUCCCCCUCUUGUUCAAAGCAGUCUUGCACUCCUGCAAAUCCAGCCUGAGCAGCUACAGGAGCGGCCUAUCGCCCUGCAUCACCGUGUCCUCUGGAAACUAGGAUCCCGCUGGCCCACGAGUGGAGGGAGCGCUCUCCCCUGUGAAUGUGACAAGCAGCUACUUUGUUUUUUGUACCUUUUUUUUUUCUAUAUUUAUUACACGACAGAGCUGAAUGUAUGCUGAUUUACACUGUGCACAUGCUUCUGUACAAAACAAAUGCUCGUAGAUGCAUUGGUCUUUGGAGUUUACAAGUGUGUAUCCAGUUUGCUCAAUGUGUCAGUGUUGCCAUUGUUAGAGCUAGACAUUAAAAGAGUUUAUUUUAUUCAGCCGAGGGCAGAUGGACACAUGACAAGUGUUAGAGACUACCUCAAGAAGAUGUUAUUACUAUUGUCAGGUACUUGCUUGCUGUUAAAUGAAGCCUAGUCUAAAACCAAAUCCCUGCGUUGCUUCAGCACCUCAAUCAGAGAUUGAAUGUUAAAAAACAGUGUGUUUUUGCACUGAAACUGCAAAAUGAAUUUUAGCAGAAUGAUUAUCUGUGCAUAGACACUCAGACAUCCUGCUCGUGGGAGGCGGCUUUGUCAUUUUAACAUUCCAUGAGCUAAGUUGUCAGAUCUGUGGGAUCUUCGUUGAAAAAAGGAGCUUACGGGUAUUUGUUACAAUCAUUGACUGGGGGAUGUGAGACUUACAGGAGCAUAGCUGGGUUUGUGAUUUUUACUUUGAUUGUUUUUUUUUUUGUUUUGUUUUUUUUGCUUUGACCAAAGUGUUAUGCAAUGCUUUUUUACACACCCAUUGAUGGGUCGGGAGCUGACAGCUCCACAAAAAGAUUUCUUAUGAGUGAAGGAUUGAGAUAAGAAAUGAAUCAGUCUGGGUCCUGGAGGGAACACUCAGUGUCAGACUUCUUGCUAAAUGUUGCUAAACUUGCACAUUCUGGUGCACACGUAUAUGCAUAGAGCAGACUCUCUCACGAUGCCUCUGCUGCCGUUCGUAUAGUCCCAUGCGUUGAGGCUCUGCUGCUCUCAGAGCCUGGGACUCGGUGCCAACACAUCACGUGUUUGUCUACGUCCGUGCGUAUCAGUCGGGUCUGGUUCACCUGAAGCUGCUGCAGAUAGCUUCUUCAGCUCAUCCAGCACCGGAGCAGCUGAUUCAACUAUAGGAACUGACUUGAAGCUGAACGCGUGUCUUAAUCUGGGUUCAGUGGACGGUUGUGGGACACGUCUGAUCCAGGCUCCAUUUAUUUAGAAUGUAGAGACUCACCCCUGGCUUGCAUACCCUCUGUGGCAGAUAUGUACAUUGUUUGAAAAAAGCCAUGCAAAAUGGUGUUUAUUUUUAAAGAUGAGAUGAUCAUUUCAAACCGCUGAACAUACGUUUUCUCGUCUGUUUUUAUCUGUUUCACGGUGUGUGAACAAUUUUGAAAUGCAGAAAAAAUGCAGUCCUCGCAACAACUCUCUUUUUUUUUGCACACGAUGGUGAGGUUCUGAGACCUUGACCCUUGACCCUCGGCCGCUGCCCACCCCGUGUGUUCCUCUCUCCCAGGUCUGGCGGCCUGGAUAUAAACAGGGUAAAGUGAGUGUUAUGUAUUGCAUUCAGGAGCUCCUCAGUGACCGUGCUGAUGUAAUUGUAGUAGACGUAGGUUCUAGGACAUUGUAGGUCCUUUGUAGAGUUUUUUUUCCACUUUAUUUUACCUCAUGGUUCCCAACCUGGAAGGCAAUGGAGCGAGAGCAUCCUGAGCCCAGAGCAGGGCUCCUCAUUUAUUCUCUUUUUUGUUCCUCUGUUGUGAAUGUUUUGUUUUUUGGACUGAUGGCAACCUGUACUGUUUACUAACUCUGAAAGAUGAACUCAUUCCUUAUUCCACAUCGUUUAUACAAACUGUACCUUGGGAGGCGUUUACCUCUUUUUAUACUGGCGUUAUAUAGUAUAGGACUCAUUUUAAUGCAGAUUGUGAUGUAUUGGAGCUAUUGUUAGUGCUGAAUGAAUUGCUUCCACUCGUCAGAGCAGAGGUGGGUGUGUGGACACUGUAUAGUGGCAGUAGGUCAUGUUGAAUAUCAAAGAACACUCAAGUAGUUGAUCACUCAUCUCUAGUGACAUUUUAACAUGCACACGGUUUUCAGUGCUCAGUGUUUGAUGUCUUUUUAGCACAGUACACGUAGAUGAUUGUGUUAUUAUUUCUACUACGACUGAAGCAACACGAGAAUUCACUAGUGUCAGUGAGAACUGAUGCUUAAUCUCAGGGAUAGAGACUUACUUUGGUCUGAGAGAUGUGACGCAUCUCGCUGCACCACUGCAAAGUGAGUUUGAUGUCAGAUGUGUUUGAUUUACAAAGCAUAUUAUGUGUCAGACUCUAAGUGCUUUUCUCCACAGCUGCUAUUUUGCACUCACCUGUGGGCGCAGAGGUAGUGUGCUGGAGCAGGACGAGGUUCAGGGCGCCGGCCUCGCUCGUUUCAUCUGCCAGUAACUCCAGGAAUGCGCCUCACACACUGCUGAGAUCAGUCAGUGGAGAAAGAUCUAAAGAGGCAUGUUUUCUCGUAGCAGCAGCUCAUAUCGAUACACCCCACCACAGCUACUUUACUGCCACCACGCACCACUUUUCAUACAUAUAUGCAACAAAUGUGUUUCUUUUCUUUCUUUGUAUUUGUCGGUUGCAGACGAUAUGAACUUCAUCAGCGAUUUCUGUAUUGAAACUACCUCUUUAUUUGUCAUCAUGUUACUUUCAUAUAGCUAGUUUUUUGUCUUAUUUAUUGGUUUCAUUGCACCAAUGUUCCUUAAUUGUCUUAUUUCACUCUGUGACCUCUCGGCUUUAGAAGAUGGACAGACACUCGGCUCUGUCUACGUGAAUAUGCUGCCUGCUGUUCCUCUGGGACACGGACCUGCCUGUUCAGCUUUUGUUUCUGAUCUUAGACUUUCUUUUCUUCUUGUUAUUGUGAAUCUGCCACCAAAGAUGAAAGAAUGUCCGUGACCAACCUCAAGCGUUUAACCAGGCCUUGGUUUGUCUGUGUUGACCUGAUCAAACCACGUUCUGUUAGUUGCUGUUGAACCGCGUCCUGAUGUGCCACAGUGUGUUGUUUUGAUCCAUUGUGCUCUAGAAUAGUUGUUCGGUUCAAGGUAACUCAGACUUCAUAUCUGUCAAUUCUGCUUGUGAUUGAUUAUCAGCUGGAGACUGUAAUUGUGGUCGAACUGACAUCUCCUUCUGUUCGUGUGUUUUCCACUCACUCGUGUGACCCCGAUGCUGUGACUCGUGACCACGGUCACACUGCAGCCAUGUUUAUCGCUUACACUAUGAAAAUAUCUGUAAACGAAUACACACGACUGACUCUAGUGUCUUAACACUGUUGUACAGGAGCACAAGAUGAGAAAAGAGAGAGAGUGCAAAGAUUUAUUUCUCAGGGAAGAAACAGAUUUCCACAUGAUCCUCACUGUGAUCAGACAAUUGGAACUCUUUCAUGCUUUUCUCCUCAGUAAACUCUUGUCUGCUCCUGUUACUUUAACUACCUGUGAAGAAUGUGAUCCAUUAUGUGUUAAAGCAUGUUUAGAAUGUGUUAGGACUUGAAACCAAAUAAAUGUGAACGUUAUGCAAUUGUA